AUGCCGGCGAUGCCGCCGGUGCAGGUGAAGAGCGGGAACAAAGAGAUGUGGCCCCCGCCCUCCUACCAGGCUGGGCUGCCGCCGGUGGGCGCGCCUCCUUUGACAGGCGCCCAUGGCCAGCCCGAGACCUCUUCGGAGCCGGGCCCGGGCGCGGAGCGCUUACAGCCCUCCCAGCCCUCCCAGCCCACAGCAGCUCCGAGCACAAGCGGAAGCGGGCGCGAAGGUCCGCCGCAGCCGGCCUGGGGCGGCUACGGCGGCGUCUUUCAGAGCAAGACGACAACUAGCAGUCGCGGCUCCAUGGGGAUGCCAUCCUUGCCCGCUGCCUGGGCCGACCAUUUGCCGACACAACCAGCUGUGUCGGUUCCUUGGACAAAGCCUUCGGGAUCUUCACCGCCAGGUGCCCAGCCGGAGAGCGGAAUUCUAGAAGCUCAGACAGAAACCGGCCUGAACGAUGCGAGUCAGCUGCCACAUGGUUGGGCCAAUGCCAUGGAUCCUGCGCAGGCUGAGGCCGCACCAGAGUCCGAGGAGUCCGCGGCUGCCUCGCCCGAGGGGGAGCCUAGCGGUCCGAGCAUCGUUCAGCCGGAUGCCGGCAAGGAAGAGGACGACACCUUAUGCCCAGAAGCACUCUUGAAGAACCUGAAGGCCGCUCGCAAGGCCUUGCUUUGGGAGCGAGCGGUCGCGCAGAGGUUGCGCAAGGCCUUGGACAUGGCAGAGGCGUGGGCACCUGCUGACGAGACAACAGGCCAAGAUUCGGAGGUCAGCAGACUUCAAUCCACCAUUGCGCUGCAGAAGCAAGAGAUUGCAGAACUCCAGCAAUCGGUACAGGAGAAACUUCCAAUCUCCGAGCCCGAGGCUGUGAGUGAGGAGGAUUGGAAGGAGAAGCUGCGCAACGCCGAGGAGUCCCUGGCUGCUGCUUCUCAAGAAGCAAAAGAGUGGAAGGAGAAGUGUACCAGCAUGGAGGAGAAGGAAAAAAGCGCAGAGGAUUGGAAGGAGAAGCUGCGCAACGCCGAGGAGUCCCUGGCUGCUGCUUCUCAAGAAGCAAAAGAGUGGAAGGAGAAGUGUACCAGCAUGGAGGAUUCUGCUGCCAUCAUCAAGGAAGCCGUCCGACAACUUCGCGAAAAGUUGGCGGAGGCAGCGGCCCGGGAUGCUGCAAUGCAAGCAGACCAGGCUGCAGCAGCCGCCGAUGCGUCCGCAUUGAGAGAGCGGCUCAAGAAGCAGGAGGACGAGAUGGCAUCCGCCAUCCGCGACGGAGUCCAGGAGCUUCGCGAGAAGCUGAAAGUCGCAGAGGCAGCAUCGCAGUCUGCUGAAAAGAAGGCAGCCGAAGAGGCUGCAGCAGCCGCCGAAGCAUCCGCAUUGAGAGACCAGCUCAAGAAGCAGGAGGUCGAAACGGCAUCUGCGAUCCGCGACGGAGUCCAGAAGCUUCGCGAGAAGCUGAAAGUCGCAGAGGCUGCCGCUGCUGCCGAAGCGUCCACGCUACGAGAGCAGGUCAAGCAGCUUGAGGCAGCGUCGCAACAGGACAGCGUGCAGAAGGCAGCAGACCAGGUUGCCGCUGCUGCCGAAGCGUCCGCGCUACGAGAGCAGGUCAAGCAGCUUGAGGCUGCGGCCUCUGCCGAAGCGUCCGCGCUGCGAGAGCAGGUCAAGCAGCUUGAGGUGGCCCAGGCGGCAUCUGCUCAGGAGGCGGAAAGAAGCGAGGCUCACUGUGCCGGCCUGCACAAGACACUGCUGGACUCUGAAGCGGCUUCGGAGAAUCUGCGCCAGAAGCUUCUCCACUGGGAGGGGUCCACAGACUCGCCAGAGGGCACUGGCCUUGAGGAUUUGAAUCUGAGGCACGUUCAAGCCUCUACUGGGCACCUGGAGAAGCUCAGUGUCGACCUUCGCGAACACCUGCGAAGGGCAGGCGAGUCUUCUGCAGACCAGGAGGCAUCAGUACACGACUUCGGCGUGAGGCUUCGGAGUGUCCAGGCCGCCGCAGCCAGCAAAGACGAGCAGGCAGCAGAGAUUUGGGCCCAGCUGAGGCACGUCGAGGCAAAUUCCGAGUCCCAGAAGUUGCCGGAGACCUUGUUUGCAAAGUUGCGAGAGAUUGUGCCAGACAGCUGCGGUAGCGGAGGAAGCAAAGAGGAAGCCUUUCAGGUGAGGUUGAAGCACGUUGAGGCCGCGGCGGUAGAGACGAAAGCGGCAUCAGAGAAGCUCCAAGUUCAACUGAGGCAUGCGGAGGCUUCCUCAGCCCACUUGGAGGACGAAGUCCAGACGCUUUGCGUGAGACUGCGGCACGUGCCGUCGCGAGAGGUUGAGAACGCAGCUGUCCAGACAGAGCAGUCUAGUUCAGCACACAAGGCUCGCAAAACCGUGCUUUUUGGCACAGAGGAAAAGCAGUCGCUACCUGGAAGUGUUGUUUCCGAGCAGCCCGCGGAAGAGGAAUCGGACGAAGACAAGCCUGCCAAGCGCAGGGAGAAAUCCCGCAUCAAGUCGGUCGAUUUCCAAAGGGCAGGAUCAGCCGUGUCCUAUGUCCUGGAGUCCGAAGAAGAGCAGUCUGCAAGUGACAGAGAUGAGCCGAUGACCUCCAGAAUGUCUACAAUGUCGCAAGUUUCUGCGGUGUCUGAGUACUAUGACACUUACAACGAGACCUCGCAGCCCUGCAAAAGGAGGAGCCGUGGCCGCUCCACCUUGGAGACUUACGACGAAGAGGACCUCUGGGAUCCGGAGCACGUCGCCCGGAUCACCCGAAAGCUCUUCCUGAAGCAUGACAAGGACGGGACGGGCCGCAUCGAGUGGUCGUCUGGCGAGGCCAUCAAGUUCCUGGAGGAGUUCUUCUGGUUACACAAGCAGCCGCCUCCGAAGAUCCCGAAGCCCGCUUUUCACAGCCUCUACACGCAGGUAAAGAUGGACAGCAAACCCUCAGGCUUCACGGAUGAGGACAUCGACGCCACGGGGCUCAACGUGGAGGAGAUGACAGCCUUCGCAUCCAAGGUCCACCAGUUCGUGUACAAACAGCUGGGCAAAGAGAUGAGGGCACAGCGAAAGAGCUUCGCCAUCAGCACGGGCGACACAGAAGUUUUAAAGCAGCUCUCGAAGCAGGAGGCCGCCCAUGAAUCCAGCCGGCGCCCAACGCAUCGCCGAGCCACGCUAGGUGGGGUCAAGUUGCAGGACCUGGCCACGGCUGAGGCUGAGGCUGAGGAAGAGGCGGCGGCUUCCAAGCAGCGCCUGACCCAGCGCCGGGCGACUCUUGGCGGAGCGCGGCUGCAGGACGCGGCGGCCCUCGGUGGCACUGAAGAUGGUGAGGCGCCCUUCCAGCGACUGGCGCAGCGGCGCGCCACGCGCGUCGGGGUGAACUUGCGGGAGAUGAUGGCAACGGAAGACGGCAGCCAAGGAAGUGAUCGUGAAUGA